AGCUUCAAACUAUUUUCGUUUUUUUUGAAUUCCUGUAUCCACAAAACGAGCAUUUCUUUUUCAUUAAAGCAUAACUAAAGAGGUGCAAGAAAAUAACAAUACAGUAGUGACAACAAACCUUCAUAGUUUCGUCUUACAUGCACCAGCAUACAUUACGACAGAUAUUUAUUGACCGCUAACAAAACGAACCAAAUAAGAAAAGGUGUACCACCAUCCGUCCAACUCGCUAAGAAAAUCGAAUACUUAACUUCUUGCCGUCAUUCAGUCAAAAUAAGAAUCAAAUAAACACAACCAUGAUGAUUUUAAAGAAACAGCGUCCCGCAGUUCUCGCCAUUCUAUCAGCUGCUACUGCAUUCAGUGGACUUUACUCAUCGACUACGGAUGCUUUCACGCCUGUCGCACCUCGCCAAUCUACUUCAAUUGGCCCUCGAAACUCUUCGUUUUGUGCACAGCAGCGACUGGUCACUGGACGACAGCUAUCAAAAACGAACAAGGUGAGGAGCACAGCCACCACAGCUUUGCGAAUGUCGUCCGAUGAUUUCAAUGAGCAGAAGUAUACUGAAGCGGGCUGGGCAGUUGUAGCAGCUCUUACAAAGGCAGCUGAUUUUUACCAAACAGCCACAGUCGAAAGCCCUAUUUUAUUGGAUCUUUUAUUGAAUCCAGCAAAACACAAAGCUGGCGACGAUGCCGAAUCAGCACGAAAGGCAGUCGAAAGGGUAUUGAAGGAUGUCAAGUGCGAUGUGAAAGCUCUACGACAAGAAUUGGAAACUCAUCUCGCUCAACAACCCAAGAUGCAGGGGGAUACAAGUUCGCAACAAAAAACAAUGGGAUACAGCCUCCCCAGGGUCCUGGAAGCCGCGCGUAGCGCAAUGUCCACUCUGGGCGAUUCUUUUGUAUCUGCCGAGGCCCUUUUGUUGGGAUUAGUCAAGGAGGACGACCGAUUUACUACCAAGGCCUUUUUGAAACAAGACAUAAAAUACACAGACGUUUCGGACGCAGUCGUUAAAAUGAGAGAGAAGGCCGGACCGAUCAUUUCUCGAUCCGCCGAAAACAAUUACGACGCAUUGCUAAAGUAUGGAAUCGACUUUACMGAGCGAGCUGAAGAAGGAAAGCUUGAUCCUGUCAUCGGGCGAGAUGAUGAAAUUCGUCGCGCAAUUCAAAUCUUAAGUCGCCGAACAAAGAACAAUCCUGUCUUGAUCGGUGAUCCCGGUGGUGAGUGAAAUAUUUAUUCCAAGUGUAUUUUGCCUUUGAUUUUCUUGACAGCGACCGUUUGGCCAUAAUUGCAACACGAAAGAUAUCCUCACACAAUCUUCUUUUUUGUCGCAGUGGGAAAAACUGCAAUUGCAGAGGGCAUCGCUCAGCGAAUGGUUGCCGGUGACGUCCCCGAUACUUUGCAAGGAUGCAAAUUGAUUGGUCUAGACUUGGCAGCAUUGGUAGCUGGAGCAAGUAUGCGUGGUGAGUUUGAAGAACGACUCAAGUCCGUUUUGGAAGAAGUUCAGAACAGUGAUGGAGAAAUCAUUUUAUUCAUCGAUGAGAUGCACACCGUUGUUGGGGCAGGCGCUGCAGCGGGGUCGAUGGACGCAUCAAAUUUGUUGAAGCCUGCUCUCGCUCGUGGACAACUUCGAUGUAUCGGAGCAACCACAAUCAAUGAGUACCGACAAUACAUCGAAAAAGACAAAGCGCUGGAACGUCGCUUUCAACAAGUCACGAUUGAUCAACCAUCUCCCGAGGAUACUGUCAGUAUUCUCCGUGGAUUGAAGCCUCGAUAUGAGACACAUCACGGUGUCAGAAUUCGAGAUGAAGCUCUCUUGGCUGCCGCAAAACUUAGUCAUAGAUACAUUCCCGACCGCUUUUUACCCGACAAAGCUAUUGAUUUGGUUGAUGAAGCAUGUGCCAAAUUGAAAAAUGAACUAACCUCGAAGCCAACAAUCCUUGACGAGAUCGACCGCCGCAUUAUUCAAAUGGAAAUGGAGCGCCUUUCUCUCCAAUCAGACUACGAGUCGGGUGAAGAAAGCCAAGAGGCCAACAAGGACGCAGGCAAACGAAUCAAUGUAAUCGAUAAGGAACUUGAAGAAUUGAAAAACGAGCAACAGGCACUCAACUUGAAAUGGAUGGCCGAAAAGGGAGGCGUCGACCGCAUCAAGGAUAUCAAGACUGAGAUUGCACAAGUAAUGCUUGAAAUUGAAAAAUGUGAACGUGAAUUUGAUCUCAAUCAAGCUGCGGAACUCAAGUACGCUAAACUCCCACCCCUUCAAGAAGAAUUAGAAAAACUUGAACUAGCAGGAGACGAAACGGAGUUAGAUGAGGGAGAUCGUAUGCUCCGCGACGAGGUUAUUGCGGACGAUAUUGCCGAUGUGGUCGCUGUUUGGACUGGAAUUCCACCAACAAAACUCCUCGAAAGCGAAAGAGCUCGGAUCCUUUCAAUGGGUGAUAGAUUGAGAGAUCGUGUUAUCGGCCAAGACGAAGCCGUCGAAGUAGUCACAGAAGCAGUACAACGAUCUAGAGCUGGACUGAAUGAUCCAACAAAGCCCAUCGCUUCUUUGAUAUUCUUGGGGCCAACUGGGGUUGGAAAGACUGAGCUUUGCAAGGCUCUUAGUGACUUUAUGUUUGAUACCGAGGAUGCCAUCAUUCGAAUCGACAUGUCCGAAUACAUGGAAAAGCACACAGUUUCACGAUUGUUGGGUGCGCCACCUGGAUAUGUCGGUUAUGAUGAAGGAGGUCAGCUGACUGAUGCAGUUCGUCGCAAGCCAUACUCAGUUCUUCUAUUUGACGAAAUGGAAAAGGCUCACCCGGAUGUAUUCAAUAUUAUGUUGCAACUCCUCGAUGACGGCCGCCUUACUGACAGUAAGGGGAAUAGCGUUAACUUCCGCAACACCAUCAUUGUUUUUACGAGUAAUGUUGGGAGUCAAGAUAUCUUGGAUCUUCAUGGAGACGAUUCAAUGCAGAAGGAAAUGAUGAAAGAGCGUGUCAUGGACGCCAUGAGGGAUAAGUUCAAACCUGAAUUUUUGAAUCGUAUUGACGAGCACGUCAUUUUCAACAGGCUCGACAAACCGGCCCUCCGCGAGAUUGUCAAGUUGGAGAUUAGAAGACUCGAGAAACGCCUUGCGGAGAAGGAGAUUACUAUCAGUGUUUCUGACGCUGCGUUGGACUUCUUGACGGAUAUAGGAUUUGACCCUGUUUAUGGUGCUCGGCCGUUGAAGCGCACUAUUCAAAAGGAACUGGAAACGGUUGUUGCUCGAGGAGUGUUGGCGGGAGAAUAUGGAGAUGGCGACGGUAUUGCGGUUGAUGCAGUAGGUGAUAGACUCGAAGUCUACAAAACUUACGACGGCGGAUACAACAGCAAUAACACUGGUGGUGGAUACGAAGCUGACGAUUAUGGCAACCCAGCGGGAUAUGCGGGGUACCAAGAGGACUUUUCGGAGACGCCACCAUUCAAUUAAUUGCAACUCUUGCACGAGAGUCUUUGCUUGAUAGAUCUAGAAUCCCCUGGGCAAAAGAAAACAAUAAGCUAGUGUUAAAAAG